AAGCCAAGGGAAGACUUCGGCGGCUGAACCGAAGUCACAUCCGUACUACAUUUCCCGGCAUGCCGCUGUGGAAUACGGCCAUCCCAAAUUUUCACCGGGUCGUAGGGAUUUAGGUUUCUUGACGCCUAAGGGUCCUGAUAUGGCAUGACAUCAUCACAGCUGGGGACGGAAGUGGGCGGGGCAAAAGGCGCGAAGGUUUCCUAGUUUUACAGCGAAGAGACGGUAGCCUUCAUCCUCCCACGCCACUCCCGGAAUCGACCCCGUUGGCAGCUUCAUGGAGUUCCCAGAUCUAGGAGCCCACUGCACGGAGCCCUCCUGCAAGCGCCUGGACUUCCUUCCCUUGAAAUGUGAUGCUUGUGAACAGCUAUUCUGCACUGACCAUAUUGCCUAUGCCCAUCAUAACUGCACUUCAGCAUACAAGAAGGAUGUACAGGUUCCUGUUUGUCCACUGUGCAGUAUACCCAUCCCUGUGAAGCGAGGAGAAAUGCCUGAUAUUGUGGUGGGAGCCCACAUAGAUCAAGACUGCAAAUCAGAUCCAGCACAGCGUAAGAGAAAGAUCUUCACCAACAAGUGUCAGCGUCCUGGCUGCAAGCAACGGGAAAUGAUGAAGGUGCUCUGUGACCAAUGUCAUGGCAACUUCUGCCUCAAACACCGGCAUCCCCUGGACCAUGACUGCAAUGAGACUGGGCGUUCACUCUCCAAAGCCGGGAAUGCUGCCAUAGCCCGGGCUCAAAAGUCUGCCAAAGAACCUGUAAACACUACAUCUAGCGGCGCAGCCAUGAGGUCUCAUGUCAGCCAACCAACCUCCAGCAGAUCAAGUGAGACAGUAAGAGCACCUCAGCCACAAAGCCCGACUGUACCUGUUGUUGCUCUGCAGAACGGUUUGAGUGAAGAGGAAGCGUUACAGCGAGCCUUGGAGAUGUCUCUGGCAGAAACAGCGGCCAUCCAACCACAACGCUGCAGCACCCAAGAGGAGGAGGACCUGGCAUUGGCUCGAGCGCUUUCAGCUAGUGAGGAAGAAUAUCAGCAGCAGCAACUACGGCAACAAGCUCGAAGCACAAAGCCAUCCAAUUGCUGCCUAUCCUGAGCCUCACCAGAACCAUUCGACCUGGAAACCAUCUCUGGCCAUUCUGGGGCUUCCUUUAUGCCUCCUGUUUUACCACUGGAGCACUCUCAAAAGUACUAGAAAUGAACCAAAGACUGAAUCCCUACCCGGAUCUUGCAAAGAGUCUCUUUGCCACCCAACUGCUGCCACUUGCACUAGGACUGUGCCUGUGCCUUCUGAGACAGCUGGCACUAUUUCUCCCAUUGGACAAGGCAGCAGUAAUUACAGAACUACAGUCCCCAAUCCCCGUCAUUUUUUAAUCGGCUUCCAAUGAUGUGCUGCGCUGGGAAUGUUUCACGGCAGGGGAUGAAGGACUUAACUUACUGCCUUCCUCCAAUCUGUUUUGGCCUGUAGCACAUUUGGACAGUAGGUGGUGCUAAAUGCUUUCAUAGGAGGGACUUUUGCUACCUCCUCCUGCUUUGCUGCUGCUUGCAAAAUAAGGGGAAGAUAGCUCCCCAUAGCUAUCCUUUCGAAGUUUCUAUAUCAAAUAAACGUCUUAACUGCUAGUUGGGAUUCCUAAGAUUACACCGCCAAAGCAAGGGAAGGAACUGCCUCUGGGUCUGAUCCAUGUAAUCCUUUCCUUGCUGGGAGCUGACAACUAAAUCUUCUGAGUGUCUUGAAUGUUACUGCCAGACCCUCGUCCUGUACUCUGACACUCGGCACCCUCUGAGAAAAACAGCCAAAGAUCAGCCUUGAAGAAAUGAGUAACCAACUUCCAGUAUAUCGCCAGUUGCUUUAGAUUGCAUGAAACAGAGUGCCUGCCCUAGGUGACUCCCAUGCUUCAGUGAACCUGUCUGUAAUUGUUUUCCAUCCGAUGCAUGUUUGGUUGGGACCACCUUCUGCCAGCUGUCACUUGGUUCCCUCCCUCUCUCUGCAGUCCCAGGCAUCGUCCAGCAUUCUGUGCCUUUGCUGCGUCGCUUACAGGGUCAAAGCAGGGAAGAUUAUUGGAAACUGGCAGGAACCAAUAAAUUGACAGACAGAAAGAUCUCGUCCUUUACUUUCAUUGGAUUAAAUUUUCUGCCUUUGCAAUGAGAUUUAGGCUUCUUUCUUCUUCUUCUUCUUCUUCUGUAUGUUCCCAGUUCUGUUCUGAAUGCCCCUCCAUUCUCUGCAGCAAUUUGGGACUACAGGAAAUUCAUUAAAUCCAUUGAUAGCAUUUGUUUUAUACCAGUGGAUACAGCAAAUGUUCUUUCAAGUACAUAUCUUUAGGAAUGUCAGGAAAUAAUUAUUUUGAUUUGUUCUGAAACUGCCUGUACUGGGAAUUGAUGAACUGCAAUAUUUAAUAGGACAGCUCCUUACUAGAUAAAAUUGAGGGCAUUUGUUUCAUUGAAACUAUUCUAGCCCAGGUACUGGGGUAUAAAGGUUUCUUAAAUGCAUCAUAUUUUCAGAAUUACUUAAUGCAAGGCUAAUUUAAGUUAACAAGAAAUUAUCUGAUCUGGCUUCCUGAUUUGAAAUUCAUACGUCUCUUUUAUAAGCAUGCCUACACAUUAUGCACUAGAAUAAAUACAAUAUUUUAGUUUGCAAGUAAAAGAGGCCUUUGUGCAACCUAUAAAAACCUAUAAAGACUUUUUGUCAUGGAAUCAGUCCACCUUUUGCAAUUGCAAAAUGGAGCAAGAAUCAAAUUUCUCCAUGUGCGUAUGUACACGCACAGAGAGAGAUGUGAAGUUAGAUUUCUUACUGAAAGAAGAAAGCUUCACCUUUGUGUAAACUGAUUUAGAAAGCUUGUAUUGUGCAACACGGAAUUUACUUUUCAAUAAAUAUGCAUGGGUAUGGACAAGAUCAUA